AAGUGGAGGCAAGGUUUACAGAUCUGCUUGAAUGUGGGGACACGGUGGAGGGAAAGAAGAGGAUAUUUAGUUUUUUUGAGGACAACUGGUAUAAGUAAAAGGACAGAGAACCAGACAGCAAUGCAUGAUUAGAUCCAGAAGGAGGCGGUAAUGCAACUACAAAGGAUUUAAACUGCCAUCAAACACCAAAGAAGAAGAAGCAGCUACCAACCCGACAUACGUCAGGACGUGUGCUAUUUCUUCUACCGGUCAGGUCCGAAGGUGUUGGCUGGACGAGUUCGUAACAACGUUAACAUAUCCAUUUGUUGUUCAGUAUUCUAAUAACCUGCGUAUCUACAGUAUUUGAGAAUGUUUUAGAUGUGUUGAGGUAAGGCGAUGUUACUUCAUGUGAUUUUAAUUUGAAGGAACAUUACUACGUUAGUUUGAAAUAAUCUCGCUAGAAAAUAUUUGCUGUGACGAAACGGGGAACCAAGCUAACCAGCUACGUGUGAUAGCAUUUUGAGGCCUGCUCGCAGUAGCUAAGCCAAGGAGACAUUUUGUAGGCCAACGUGAAAUGUUGAUUGUUCUGUUGCAACAUGGAGACUUCGCUAUGUAACGUUCGUUCGGUUAGAAAUUUGUAACGAUUUACUUGUUCUGUUUAUUUGCAUUUUUGACGUCUUUAUUGCAACAUUGACUAACGUAUCAGACGAGUAGAUAGAGAGAUAGAGUUCGGUAGUCUCCAGUGUAGUUGAAUUAACGUUAAUCGAAGCGUUUGUUAGUUUAGCCAGAUUUGCUGGCUAAUAAUAAAAACUACUGCCAGCUAGUUUGCUCGUUUUCUGGUGAUGAUGGCAGGCAAAGCAGUACUGACUGACUCAAUUGUGCCGCACGAUUUGUGAGUAGUCGGUAAUUGUUAAUUGACGUUAAGUUAAUCGAUAGCUUCUGGAUAGGAAGUGAGUUUGUUUUGAAUGUAACGUUACUAGCUAGGUAGUCUAGCCAGCACCUAGAGUUUAUUUGGCAACUAGCAGUAACGUUAGCUACCGUCGCUUUCAAACAAUUCCAGAGUUAGGCUAGGUAACCAAGAUCGCUCGCCAAUUUUAUUACAGUUGACCGCAACGUUGGAGAAACUGAUAAACAUAGAUAAAACUCGCGUUAGUUCACUUCUGACUUGAGUGUGUUGGUAUCUAUUUUUAAUCUACUGUGAGUUGAUUUGGAAACUCGACAAAUUCCACAUCUAGACCGUUUUAGUAUUUGCUUUGAUCAAGUUGCACGCAGUGCCAAGUACAUUCGUCAACGUCAGUUCUGAAUGUUUUUGAAAACAUAACCGUUACCGGUUUGACCAUUUCGCCCUCCUAGAAUAGGUUUUCGCCAAAUGCCGAAGAUGGUCAGGCCUUAUUCUGGAUCUCCUCGCCUAAAACACCGGCUGUUUUCCCAGUCCUAUGGGUCCCACGAGCCUCAUGGAAGAUUGCAGCGUGCGGAUCACUAUGGUUCACAUUCCAGGGAUCAGAGGGAGUUCCGUGAAAUGAAAGCUCCGCAGUGGAGGGAGCCCAGGGGCGGAGGCCCAAUGCGGGGCAGGCCCCCCCAUUUCAACAAGGGUCCGCGGCUUAUGGAUGAGUGGAGAGAUCCGGCGCAUCACUUCCAUCGCCCCGCUGGUCAGUGGCGUCCCCAAGCACAGGGGCGUUUCCAUGGAUAUGCCUCCCAGCCUGACCACUUCUCCCCGGAACCCCACCGUGCCCACAGGAGGUCAUCUCCCCCCAGGUCGAGCCACUCCCCACCACCUCAUCGCCGUUUGCCCAUGCAUACCCCUGGGAAUGGACCCCCAAUCUACAAGAGGCUUUCCCCACGAUUGCCCCUCCAUGGGCCCCACCCUGGGCACAGACCCCCCUCGCCUCACCACUUCCACGGCAGCAUGAGGCAGCUGUCUCCUGUACCCCACCAUGGUCCUUACAGGGGUCCUCACCGGCGUCCAGGACCCACAGGAGAGGACAGGAGCCGGGACCGUGGCCCUUGCAGGGACCACAGCCCUGGAGAGAGGCUCUUUGACCGGCUGCCACGGGGAGAGCGCUGGAACGGGGGCUUCCCUCGAUCCCUAUCUGGGGAGCGCAGGUUCUCAAACUCUCCCCAGAGGAAGUCCCAAGAAUUUCACAGAAGGGGCUCCUAUCCAGAGAGGUACAGGAGUGAAGCUGCAGUGCAGGCUGGGUUGUCCACUGAACGAGAGGCCAGAAGGCACAGUGAGAGUGAGAGGGAGAUGGAGGGGAGCAGAAGGAGCAUGGAGUGGGGGGAGGAGAACAGCCCCCACCACUCGUACAGAUCCCCCAAAUGGAAAGCAGGUUCACCCUCCUCCUCUCCCAGAUUCCACCAGCAUCACCACCCCCAGGAGAGACCCACCAGGCGACCAGUGAAGAGGAAGCACCCAGAAGGCAGGCCACUGCCCGCGGGCCCUGGGUUCGAGCAUUGCGCCAAGCGGGCACGGGGGGAGACGCCCCAGCGCUUCCACAGAUCCCGGGGCUUCGGAGGCCGCGGCCUCUCGCUCAAAGACAAGAGCCGCCUGUUGAAAGGGAGGAAGCUGAGGGCUUCGUCGGAAACAGGGGACGAGCAAAAGCCCGCGCUCGCCCUGAAGCCGAAGCACCCCAAGAUACAGCCGCCGAAGGAGAACGAGCAGGAGCAGGAGCAGGAGGAGGAGGAGGAGGAGGAGAAGCCGUGUCCGUCCGUCAGAAAAACCCGGUCGACCGUCACGCUCCAGACAGAGCAGCCCGAUGCGGCUAAGGCCCGGGCCCUGAAGAAGACCAACCCGAAGAGGGUGCCCCUCAAGACAUCCUGUUCUCCGGACUCCACGGCUGGUUCGCCCAGAGAGAUGGAGACACUCACCAUCAAGGUGGACACACGCCACACCCUGAGCACACACAGUUCCUCCCCCUCGGAUCGGCAGCUCUCCCGGGAUCUGGUCACGGUGUCCCGGCGGGGCCUGGGCUCCAGGCCGGAAGAAACAAACAGUGCCCCCUGGAGGGACGGAAACACAAAGUCUCAAACAGGUGAUUUUGGCCCGGAACUCGUCACGUUAGUCCACCAAGUCAAAGAGAGCUUUUUUAGUUCCCACGGAAACCUCACGCUGAACGAACGCUUCUCAAAACUGCAGAACUCCUGCUCUUCAUCACGUGACCUGAGUGGUCGGUACAGUGGUCUGACAAGACAGGUUGAUAUGCCCUUGCUGAGCCAGAAGACUUUCAAACCAAUCAAGAUAAUGGGACCACCCCAGCGACCCAGCUUCCGCCCCUCCAGUCCCGGUCGGAAACCGCCGUACUUCCUGCGUAGACCCUUCACGGAGCCCCCAGGACAUUUCGGGAGGUUUGGAUACUUCAAGAGGCCGCUGAUGGCCAACUUUGUGCCACGCCCUCCCUUCCAGCAGAAGCCGAUGUUCAGGAAGAGCCAGAGCAUCAUGUCCAAGUACCGCCACCUGCAGGUGCUGCGCCACCGAGGGCCCGCGUACCGCCGCUAGUCAUAGAGGAAGGAGAGAAGUAUCAGAUGUGGAAUACGCUGGGUGAUCCUGUCCCAUGGCACAUUUGCAGACUUCAUGCUUUAUUUUAUUUUGGGAAGACCCUCUUAUACAGGACAGUGCACCAUGGGCAUUGGCAGGCUUUGCAUUGGGCUGCACCCAAAGUGAAGCACUCGGUUCUGUGGAGAACUUGCCUGCCUUCAUCUGUAUGUCGGAUAUCUGUUCUGACAUGUUAGUCCUGGAAGAUAUUGCUUGCUUAUCUGCAGUUUUUUGGGUGUUUGAGGAUAAUGUCCUUUUUAUCAUUUUUCUUUAAUUUCUUUCAUAAACUGUAUAAAGUUUUGUUUGUGGAAGGCUAGGCAAAUCUGAAUUAUGGGUAGUGUAGUGGUUUUGUGAUUUACAUGUACAAUGGGUUGGGAAUGGGGUUCACUAAAAAUGUUGCUUUUCUAUUUAUCCAUCUUAACUGUGCCCUGGGAGCCAGGAUGAACACUUUGUUUCAGCAGAGUUAUCAUGCCGUGCAGGUUUGAGAAGUUUGAGGAGUUUACUUGUAAUGACAGUUUUUCUUGGUUCAGAAAAAAUGGCUUUUGUAUGUUUGCUUCAGUAUCUUGGUUUCAUUACAGCAUCUUUAAUGCACCUUGGCAUUCUGCAUGUCAUGUAACUUAUAGCAAUUAUAUUUUUAAAAAAAUGCUGUGUAAA